GUUUGUCACAGGUCGGAGUAGACGGAAGUUCCGGUUGGGACUAGCUGCUUGGCUGGAUCAGAGGCUUUGCGGGCUGGAGCUGGCCUGAAGGAAGGGGAAGAACAACCUGUGUGUCCCGCUGCGGCCUAUGGCUGGAGGUCCCGGGGGUUCUCUAGGACAAGGGGGGUUACCAUAGCAAAGCUGGGCUGCUCUAUACAGGCUCCUGUAGGGCCCCAGACAGCACUGUGCAGACCCUGAGGGGUCCCUCGUGAGCUGUGAAAUUGGGGGUGACACCGAGCAUCCCGAGGUUUGGAGGGGUGACCCCCGGCGGCCCCGCUAUGAAAGGGAAGGAGGACAGCGGGAGCGGCGGAGGACGCCCGUCGGGUGUCAGCGGGGGUCAAGGCGACAUCGGCGGGAGCCCGGAGAAAAGCGCCAGCGCCCAGGAGAUGAAGGAGCAGGGCAACCGGCUGUUUGUCGCCCGCAAAUAUCAAGAGGCUGUUUCCUGCUACAGCAAAGCCAUCACCCGCAACCCCUCCAUCGCCGUGUACUACACCAACCGCGCUCUGUGCUACCUGAAAAUGCAGCAGCUGGACAAGGCCCUGGCCGACUGCAAGCACGCCCUGGAGCUGGACUGCCAGUCUGUGAAGGCCCACUUCUUCCUGGGGCAGUGCCAGAUGGAAAUGGAGAACUACGACGAGGCCAUCGCCAAUCUACAGAGAGCUUAUAACCUGGCCAAGGAGCAAAGGCUGAACUUUGGAGAUGACAUCCCGAGUGCUCUAAGGAUUGCCAAGAAGAAACGCUGGAACAACAUAGAAGAGCGGAGGAUCAACCAGGAGAACGAACUGCAUGCCUAUCUCACCAAACUCAUCCUGGAUGAGAAGGAAAGAGAAAUUGAAGAAACAAAACGGAAACAUGAGGAAGAGAACGUGGAGGAGAACAGGAGCCGAGUUCAGCUGUCUUGUGUGGCCAACAAACAUGAUAAGUAUUUGGCAGAGAUGGAUGAAUUAUUUUCUCAAGUAGAUGAAAAACGCAAGAAGCGGGACAUCCCGGAUUACCUGUGUGGGAAGAUCAGCUUUGAGCUGAUGAGAGAGCCUUGUAUAACUCCCAGCGGGAUCACCUACGACAGGAAGGACAUUGAGGAGCACUUGCAG